AUGCUCUGCGCAAUUUCUGGAGAGCCGCCUCAAGUGCCAGUCGCGUCGCGCAAGAGUGGAAACAUCUACGAAAAACGCCUUAUCGAAGCAUACGUCCGUGAAAAUGGCACGGAGCCGACGACGGGGGAAGCCCUCUCUGUGGAAGACUUGAUCGACUUGAAAACCCCUCAUAGAGUCUACCCUCGGCCGCCACAAAUGACGUCCAUACCCGCGAUGCUAUCAUUCUUCCAGAACGAGUGGGACGCGUUGGCUCUUCAGACCUACACGUUGCAACAAAAUUUACAUCAAACUCGGCAAGAGCUGAGCAUAGCACUGUACGAGAACGAUGCCGCCGUGCGAGUUAUCGCCCAAGUCACAAAAGAGAGAGAUGAGGCACGAGCUGCUCUGGCAAAGAUUAACGUUGGUAGAGGUCCUGCGAAUACGAAUGGGGAUGCCAUGCAAAUAGACGGCGUGCCAUUGCCAGAGCAUGUUGUGGAAAAGAUUGACAACAUACAACAAAGUUUGUCGAAAACCCGACGGAAGCGACCGGUACCGGAAGAAUGGGCGACAGCAGAUGAAAUAUCAAGUUACACGUCGUCUUCAGCAUCGGAACCAUUGUAUCCAGGCGGUACAGUGCUAUCUUUGCACGACACUGGCGAUUUGGCACUUGUUGCGGGUGCUGAUGGGGCGGCCGGAGUGUUUUCGAUGUCACAAAAUAGGCCAUUGCGAUCUCUCAAGGCCGGCAAGGCCUCCGUGACUGGCGGACUCUGGGCUCAGGAUCAUACCGUUAUUGCGACAUCGGAUGGAUCGAUCAAAGUUUUCGAUGCCGAUCAAGACAUUGCCUCGUUCUCGGUCCACGCUGGCAGUGUCAGUGCAGUUGCGCUACACCCGAGCGGUAGUAUUCUGGCUUCGGUCGGACAAGACAAGUCCUAUGUUCUCUACGACCUCGAGUCCAACCAAGUGCUUACCCAAGUCCAAAGUAAUUCAGCUCUCACUUGUGCACAAUUCCAUCCUGACGGUCAUUUACUGGCCGCCGGUGGCGCUGAUGGACAAAUCAAGAUCUUCGAUGUGAAAUCAGGCACUGAAGCAGCAACCUUCGACCUCCAAGCGCCGGUGAAAUGCAUUUUCUUCUCGGAAAAUGGUACAUGGCUCUCGGGAGUGACGGCAGGAUCAUCUUCGAUCUCCAUUUGGGAUCUAAGGAAAGCCGCCGAGAUCAGGAGCAUCGAGACUGGCAGUCAAAUCAACAGCAUUACCUGGGAUUAUACUGGUCAGUUUCUGGCAGCAGCCGGGGUAGGUGGAAUUUCUGUGGAGUAUUAUUCAAAGGCGUCCAAGGAGUGGUCUGAGAUCCUCAAGAGUGCGACUCCCGCGACGAGAAUCGCAUGGGGCAAAGGAGCGCAUAACCUGGUCGCGAUUGAUGAAGGAGGAGUGAUUACCAACUUGAGUAGGGUCUAG